GAGGGGAUCAGAUUGCCGUUUGCCUGUGUACACAUGUCUGGGUCAGUGGGUUCCUUUGGCCACUCGCACUCCUCGAAGUUCCCCACGCUUGCCGGCACUUGAGGCCUUAAAGCCAUUUCCCCAUUGAAAGCGGCAAAAAGUAUAAAUAGCCAAGGGACUCAACCCCAUCAGUCGGGCCACUUGAGCUUGGCGUGGCUUGCCAUUGUUGUGGUGUCAACUGUUGAACCCAUUGUUCCAUCCUGUCCAGGUGACGAACCGUAAUGGAUGCUGCUGCUCUCAUCUCUAGCACAAAAGGUAAUCUAAGACGCGGCUUUUGUCCUGGAUGGCUAUAAAAGUACGAAAAACCCUUGGCCAGAGCCGCAUAAGGAGUUCAGCGCUGGGCAGGCACAGAUUGAGCAAGAUGCCGUGGUUUCCGAUUUCCAUACCGGCUCUAGCGCUGCUAAGCCUAAUAAAUAAAGGAGAGGCCAGUUUGUACUCCAGUGAUAAAGGCUAUGAUGAAAUAGUGGGUCUAAGGAGUUGCGAGCCACAAUGCAUGGAGCAGCACACCGAGGAGCAGCAAUCCGACCGCAGUACAUCCAAGAUGCUUGAUGCACUUUUCGGCUUUGGUCCUAGUACCCCACAUCCAACGGAAAUUGCAAUGGUGAUGCCCCACCAGCUGCCGCCAAUGUACUAUAAUGAUUUCUACGAGGAUCUGCUGACCACCAAACGCAACGACGUACACUCCGCUGGCUGUGAUUGCAAAGUUACGAACGAGCUUGUGGAUCUGGGCAGCCUACACUUUCCACGUUUCCUGAUGAAUGCCGUUUGCGAAUCGGGCUCUGGACGGGACCUGGCCAAAUGCUCACAUGGAUCCAAUUGCAGGCCUUUCGAGUACAAGGUAAAGGUUUUGACACAGGCCUCCCAGCCAGCUCACUCCCACUCUUGGAUGAACAAGGAUCAACCGUGGCAAUUUAAAACCGUAACAGUAACCGCAGGAUGCUUUUGUGCCAAGUGAAUGA